GAAGCCUUCCAACAUAUGCAACAGAUUUCAUGAACACCAGCCGGGAACAUGAGAAAGAGUCUUUUCAUCCUCAUCGAAUCGUCAUCAUCGGCUCCGGACCUACAGCUCUGGGUGCUGCUAAAAGACUCUACGAUCUCGGGCAAGGAAAAAACAACAGCGUGAUCACCAUCCUAGAAGAGCUAGGCAAACCAGGAGGCCUAGCCUCGUCUGUCAGGGAUGAUAAAGGCUUUCUCUGGGACGUCGGAGUUCAUGUCGUAUUCUCCCAUUACACCUACUUUGAUCGAGUCCUGAACAUGGCAGUACCCGAGUGGAACUACCGACGCAGGGCGUCAUUUGCCUUCAUGAAAGGAUCAGAUGACACGAGGAGGUUCAUUCCUUAUCCAGUUCAGAACAACAUCCACGUCAUGGAUAAAAUUUAUCAGCAGAAAAGCCUGAAAGGCUUAGAGGAGAUUACCAAAAAUCCCAGCACCCGUAAACCCAAAAAUUUCGACGAGUGGCUGCUGCAGAAAUUUGGAGAGGGUCUCGCUAACGUCUUUAUGAGGAAAUACAACCGGAAAAUCUGGACAGUUGACACCAAAGAAAUGAACUCGGCCUGGGUUGGAGAGAGGGUUGCCGUACCAGACAUUAAAGAGAUUAAGACCAAGAUUGCAGAGGUGGACAACGGGACAGACGCCAAGGAUUCCGAAUGGGGACCGAACCGUUUCUUUCGUUUCCCCAAAUAUAAUGGGACUGGCGGAAUUUGGGAGUCAGUUGCGAGAAUGCUUCCAAGCCACUGGUUCAGAUUUUACGAAAAGGUAACUGCAAUUGAUAUUGACCGAAAAAUCAUCACCGUCGAGACUGGAACUGGCGUUAAGGCAUCACAUUACUCAUUAGCAUACGAUACCUUAAUAUCAACGGCGCCCUUAGAUGUUUUUACAUCAUUGUUGCGAAGCCACGAUGUUUCCCUAUGGCAGAUGCAAGAGCUAGCAUCACAGCUGGUGUACACGCACACUCACAUCGUAGGCGUCGGCCUCACCGGUCAACUACCAAGGAUCCUCGCUGAUAAAUCGUGGGUGUAUUUCCCGGAUUCUGAUUCUCCUUUCUACCGUGUGACAAUGUUCUCCAAUUAUUCGGAUGACCAUGUACCAAAUCCUGGAGCAUACUGGUCGCUUAUGUGCGAGAUAGCCGAACCACAGAAAAGUUCUAAUCCAGCGUAUUGGAGUAAAGAAAACCUGAUAAAAGAAUCCAUUCAAGCCUUAGUCUUGUACGGGUUUAUCACUGCUGAUAUGGUAGUCUCCAAGCACUACCGUCGAUUGGACCACGGAUACCCCGUCCCUUCACUUAAAAGGGAUACGAUCCUUGACACCAUACAACCUUGGCUGAAAACCAAAGACAUCUACUCCCGUGGACGGUUCGGAGGUUGGAAAUACGAGGUUGCCAAUCAAGAUCAUUCCUUCAUGCAAGGGGUCGAGGCCGUGGACAAGUUCCUUAGCAACGUUCCGGAGUUAACCUACCCGGAUCCGAAUCGGGCCAACUCCAAGAAAAACACGGAUCGCACCAUACCUUUGGAUUAUGAAUUCGCCAUCGCACAUUAUAACGAGAAUCUUGAUUGGAUAAAGCCUCACGCCAACCACACCCUCAUCUACCAUCAAGGGAACGACCUGGGUCCACCAUUCCAGUUCUACGGUUGGGAGCGGCUGGAGAACCUUGGACGCGAAGCUCACGCUUAUCUUGUCCACAUUACCACCUACUACGACCAACUCGCUAACGUCACUGUCUUUGCUCAGGGAGACAAUAUGCAAGGACGAUGCUACAAAAAUAUAAUGCAGUUUAUCGAUUCUGCAAAAAAAGGUGUCCCUUGCAUUUUGUAUCCAAAGGUUUACAAACUUUGGGGGAAUAUCCCAUUCUCUCGUCGUUAUUUGGCUCGUUUUAAGACGCACAAAUUAGACAUAGCAAAUGGGACUUUAGGGCAGAUGUACCAAGAUCUGUACGGUCAGCCACCACCCAAAGCAAUGUGGGUCUGCUUUAACGGCUGUUUUGCGGCUACCAAGCAACAAAUCCUAAGACAUCCACUAGAAUUCUAUCAGAAGGCUCUAGCCUAUGUGAGCAAAAGUCCAAACCAGGAAGAGAGUAAUUAUUUAGAGAGAUUGUGGUAUCACUUCUUCGAAGAAGUUAAUAAACCUAUAUAGUACAGGCAAUAUAAGGUUUGGCCUCAAACAAAUUGCAACAUAAUUUUUUUCACCACAGUGCAUUUGUAUA